AUGUUUGAUCAAUUGUUCAUCUAUUUCCUCGGUAUCACCGUUGUGAGUGCCUCGCAUAACGUGAAUUUCUUUCGACGAGACUACACAUUCUUAGAAGAAUACAAUGCAUUUUACAAAUUGCACUGGGCUGAUGCCGUGGGUACGUGGAACGAAGCAUUUUUAGCCUGCGACGAUGAAGGAGCCGGCUUAUUUUACCCCGAAGAUGUUGAUGAAUGGCAAAUUGCGAGAAAUUUAUCCGAUUCGCCCGACUUAGAAGGAAUCUUUGUUGGUGUUCAUGAUGAAUUAGGGCGCGGAGAUUUGCUCUCUUUUGACGGACUUUUCCUUCCAGAUUUUUCUGAAUUACACGGUAUUAAUCAAGAUGACUCCGAACCCAAAUGCCUAGUCAUGUCGGUUACCACGGGCAGGUACAACAUCGGUUCGUGUAAAAACAAAAGACCGUUUAUUUGCAAGAAAAAAGAUAAUGAAUAUUGUCCCACUAUUGAUUCAGGGUAUAUAUACUCAAAAACUACAAAGAAAUGCUACAAAGUGCACAAAAGGGAAAUUACUUGGGCAGAAGCCAUGCACACUUGUUACAUGGAAGGAGGCAUAUUGUCAACCGCCAUACACAGCUCGGAAUUAAAUGAUAUAUUGAACAUGAUCACAGAAGUAAAAUAUUUUUUUAUGGGAUUUAGAAGGAUCAUGCCACAUAACGCUUUUUAUUCUGUUCGAGGUGAAAAAGUUGAUAUUUUCCCAAGAAAUGCAGAAAACUGCGGUAUAUUGGUGGUAAACGAACGUAAUGACGAUUGUUAUAAUUGUAACCAAAAUAAACACAUGGCUAGUUAUUCUACAUAUGACUGCAAUGGUACUUUGCCAUUUAUUUGUGAACUCGAUGUAAAACUGUAA